UGUCAUCUCCAUCCAGUAGUGAACCGUUGCAUUGUAUUGGCAUGCAGCCCCUUAUUCUCCAUUUUUCUCUAUCCGUGUAUUUACUUGGCGUGUGUGAAUUAAUGCCCGCAUACUCUAGAAUAACAGCAAAACAAGCCAAGUGAAAUAACUGGUAGCGUUAGAGAAAUAACCGGGCGCGACGGUUGAAGUUAACUGGCAAAAUAUAAUUAACCAUGGUGGUGGUGGCAAGUUGGUGGCGGAUCACAAGCAAGACCGGGUAGUUGAAUUCAGCACUUUUGGGAGGAGGAUGGGCGUGUGCGGGUCGCAUUAUUAUUCAUCUCCUGGACCGAGCGAAGGACCUGCAGCCUCAGGUUAGAUGUAAAGUUGAAAGUCAAGCCUCAGGAGAAGAGGGAGUCUCCGCCCGGAGGAAGGAGAAGAGGAGAAUGAGGAGGCAUGACGUCUCGUUUCUUACUGGCAUCUUAGUUGUUGUAAAAAGCCACGAGUUAGAUGUGUUCAAAGCAGGGAGGGGAGCUGUGGCAGAGUGGGUGGGAACAAUGGGAGUAUUUGCGGAAAGCAUGAAGGCUAUUUUAGCAUAAACUCUCUGCCAGCGCUGCCGACUGCUCUUCCCAGUCUUCCCAGUCAGGUGAAUCCUCCCCCAGUGAGGCUAACCGGCUUUCUUUAUCUAGCAUAGGUGGACCUUUUCUUCUGUGGAAGGAGACAUGACUUGACCAGCUUUGGUCCUCAGCGCUUUCUCUCUGAAGUUUAUUGUUGGCCACUGUUCUACUUUGCUGCAGUAAGGUAGAGCAGCCCCACUCUGCCUGGGAAGCAGUGACAGACGGACGGAUAGACUGCCCUGCAAAGUGUUCUCCUUUUCAUGGAUGCCAGGGUGGCCCUGCUGCACUUAUGGACAGUCCUUGUCCUCCUGACAGCUGAACUGAAGUGGAUUAAUGCUGCAGAGGUCUACACCAAUGCUUGGGCUGUCCAGAUCAAUGGGGGGCCAGAGGAAGCCGACCGCAUCGCCAGGAAACAUGGGUUCAUCAACCACGGCAAUGUUUUUGGAGAUUAUUAUCACUUCAGGCAUCACGCAGUGGAGAAGAGGGCUUUGUCUGGCCACAGGGGGAUGCACAUCAGACUGCAAAAAGAACCACAGGUCCUGUGGGCGGAGCAGCAAGUGGUGAAAAAAAGGAAGAAGAGGGAUAUCUACGAAGACCCAACCGACCCUGAUUUCCCCAAGCAGUGGUACCUGUCCAACCCAACACAUCAAGACCUGAAUACUGAAACAGCAUGGGCUCAAGGCUACACAGGAAGAGGUGUAGUGGUGACUAUCCUGGAUGACGGCAUUGAGAAAGACCACCCUGACCUCAUCAGCAAUUAUGACCCUGCAGCCAGCUAUGAUGUUAAUGAUGGAGACGCUGACCCCCAGCCAAGAUACACGCAGCGAAAUGAGAACAGACAUGGAACUCGAUGCGCAGGAGAAGUUGCAGCGGCAGCCAACAACGGUGUGUGUGGUGUAGGUGUGGCCUAUAAUGCUAAAAUUGGAGGAGUUCGCAUGUUGGAUGGGGAGGUGACAGACGUGGUGGAGGCUCACUCCCUGAGCCUCAACCCGCAGCACAUCCACAUUUAUAGUGCCAGCUGGGGCCCAGAGGACGAUGGCAAGUCACUGGACGGCCCUGCCAAGCUGGCCAAGGAGGCUUUCCUCCAGGGAAUCACCAAGGGACGUGGCGGACAAGGCUCCAUCUUUGUGUGGGCCUCGGGUAACGGCGGCAGGGAGCAAGACAGCUGCAACUGUGACGGCUACACCAACAGCAUUUACACCCUCUCCAUCAGCAGCACCACGCAGUCCGGCAACGUGCCGUGGUACAGCGAGCCCUGCUCCUCCACCCUCGCUACCACCUUCAGCUCUGGAAACCCGGGGGAGAAACAGAUAGUGACCACAGACCUGAGGCAAAAAUGCACAGACUCGCACACAGGGACAUCUGCUUCGGCCCCACUGGCUGCUGGGAUCAUCGCUCUCGCUCUGGAGGCCAAUAUGAACCUGACCUGGAGGGACAUGCAGCACCUGGUAGUGAGAACAUCCCAGCCCGGACACCUCAGCGCCGGAGACUGGAGGACCAACGGAGUGGGACGCAGAGUGAGUCAUUCGUACGGUUACGGGCUCCUGGAUGCAGGUGCUAUGGUGGCUUUGGCACAGAACUGGACCACAGUGGGACCACAGCAUCAGUGUGUUCACACCAUGCUCACAGAACCAAGAGACAUCGGGAAUAAGCUGGUGUUCAGCAAGAGCGUGGAUGCCUGCUGGGGACGACCGGAGUACGUCAGCUCUCUGGAACACGUUCAGGCUCGCCUCACUCUCUCCCACAGCCAGAGAGGAAAAUUGGCCAUUCAUCUCAUCAGCCCACUGGGCACACGCUCCACCUUGCUUUUCCCCAGGCCCAAUGACUUCUCUUCAGAGGGAUUCAACGACUGGGCCUUUAUGACCACCCACUCGUGGGGUGAGGACCCUCAAGGGGAAUGGACAUUGGAAAUAGAGAACGUAGCGGCUAAUGGACGUGACUAUGCCGUGCUGAGUCAGUUCACCCUCAUCCUGUGGGGCACCGGACCCAGCGUCGUCAACCCCUCGUCAUCCGACUUCCCUCGGCCGUCCAACAACAGCUGUAAAACCUUCGACGCCCAGCAGAUCUGUAUCGAGUGCAGCCCCGGCUUCUCCCUGUUCCUCCAGGGCUGUGUGAAGUUAUGUCCACCGGGUUUCACCUCGGGGCCGCAGCUCCUUAACCUCUCCCUGGAGAACUGGGUGGACCUGUCCUCCGUCCAGGCCUGCCUACCCUGCAACCCCGCCUGCCUCACCUGCUCUGGCACGGGGCCUACAGACUGCCUGUCCUGCCCGCCUCACAGCCACCUGGUUCUCACCUCCUGCCUGCACCAGAACCAGGUCCAGCGCAAAUCUCCGCUAGCCGGGGGACUCCAGGGUGAUGGAGCACAGCCAGAGGGGGACGUCCCAGCAGCAGAGGACGACAGCACAGAAGGCGAGGAGCCUCCGGGGAUCAGCGUUGCUCCGUCCAAUCAGCUGCCUGUCAUCGUGGCCGUACUCAGCUGUGCCUUCAUCCUGGCGUCCUUCGUCGGGGUCUUCCUCUUGCUGCAGAUGCGUUCAGGUGGCACGUCUUUGGGCUGGAGGACCAAACUGCCCUCUGUGUAUUCACAGACGAGGGGGGUGCGGGUGGGCUUUGGUUUUGGCUUCGGCCAAGGACGGGAGAGGAAGGCACGGAUAUGCUACAAGGGGAUCCCCACUGUGUGGGGGGACGAGGACAUGAUCGCCUACCAGUCUGAAUCAGACAGCGAGGAAGUGGAUGGUCACAGCGAGAGGACAGCUUUUAUCAAGACGCAGAGCUCGAUCUAGCUGAAUCCGCAGAAUCUGCUGUUGUGGUGUCUGACACUACGACAUCCUGGGUUUUAUCAGAUCUGACUGUUUGGAGCUGAUACAUGAAGGUGAAUCACACAGGCUGCUACGGGAUGAAAAAGAAACACAUACGCAGGCCUUACUGUUCCAUCAGCAUCCCAUCCAAAUACAUUAAAGAGUCGAUCAUUAGUUUUUGUCAUGUAUUUAUUUAUGUUUGUUAAUUUAUCUUAUUUGAUUAAUAUUUUAAUGUCAGAUGUAGUCAUUAUGCAUUUGACUCACCAGUGGGCACCAAGCUGAGGUGUUAUGCAACUGUGUUACUUAUUUAUAACUUCAAGGAAUACUUCACCCACAAAAUGACAAUUUCUAAAUCAGUGAGUCAUGUUGUGUUACCUUAAAUUCUUGGAGAAAACUUUACUUUUCUUGCAUGCCUCCACAGAAAGCAGCAAACAUACUGAUUGAUUGGGGACCGCGUUCAACAAACUAUAUCAAAACAGCAGUUUACAGAUUCUCAUACAACUCAUGCAGUAUGCAUUUUUUCUGUUGUGGAUGGUACCAAUGGAACCUUUCUGUACCGUCCCCAUUUUUGGUCACCCCUCUGUUGAGGUACCUAGCACACAGAUCUGGUACUAAAACAAAGAACUGUGAACACUGCAGUCCGAUGAUUGGUCAAUAGCGGACGGUCACUCUGCUCAGGGCUGAGAUGUGGCUGGUUUUGUAACCUCUGUUCAUACCGUGGCAAGUUUUACAUUAGUAAACUGUAACUGUAAAAUGAAAGGAUGUUUGCAGCAGCUGUAGACUUUUAAGGUGGAACAUUUACUUGUAAUGCUACUCAACGGAUGACUUGAUGACGUGAAUCCAUCAGCGCACCUUAAAUUUCAGUUUUUAUUGUGUCUCUUGGAUGAUACAGACUUUUAGUAAUGAGUGGAUCUUCAAGAGUUUAUGUUAACUGCAGAUAUUCUAAUGCUCACUUGGGGAGAAAAAAGCAUUGUGGAGAGUCGUUCCUGUGGGCUCCGGCAACACUAACCCCCUGAGCUUGCCUGAGAAGGACUAAAUGCACAAACCCCCUAUUUUUAAAAAUCCCAUGGAGAGAGACUCUCACUGCAGCCUGUCCUAUUUUGUUCUGAAAGUGUCGGCACACGGCCUUGUUCAGCGGACAAUAAACAAAGUGUAAACGUCCAUUUAUGUCAUGGGUGAUGAGGAAAUACAGCCAGUGCUAGAUGGAGCAGUGAGUGACAACAUACCUGGCUACAUUUAAGGGUACUGUUUGCAAUGGAAACACUAAACGGACCUAGGGUCUAGGUACAUGUCUGAAGUGUUACUCUUGGUUCCAAAGGUACCAUGCUGAAAAUGUUUGGUGGAAGCAGGGCUCAGGUCUCAUUUAUCAAGUUUUAUGCUCAGUGCUUCCCAAACACAUGCAUUUUCGGCUAACACCUUUAUAUUCAAAACUAAGACCUGAAAAUGAAACUCAUCUGUGCUACACUUUUCAAUGAAAAUGCAUGUGUUUGGGAAGUACUGAGCAUACAACUGAAUAAAUGAUACUUGGAUUAAGCUGCACCAGUUGUGUGAGAGAUUGUAAACAGAUGCUUUGAUAGAUUUGCUGCUGUUAAACCUGGUCCCCAGUCAAACAAUAAAUCAAUAUAUUCACUGUUUCAUGGGGAGGCAUGCAAGAAGAACAGAAAGGAGAAAAAGAGAAAUGUUUACUUUACAAAUUCAAGGUAAAACGGCAUGACUAAUUGAUUUACAAAUAGUCUUUUUGUGGGUGGAGUAUUCCUUUAAUGACCUGCUUGACCAUAUUUUGUCCAGUUUGUCGAAAGGUUAAUCUGCCCUCUCAUAAAGCUGGAGGACUUAUAAGAGAGCUCACAAUUAAAGACACACAGGCCGAGAUAUCCUGGCUUUUAGUCUCAAGUACAGGUAAAAGGUAAAAAAAAAAAAAAAAACAUAAAUCCUACAUUUCCCAUAAUGCAACUUACUAGCAUCUUUCACUAGAGCUCCUCAGCCUGAUAAAUGCUUAUGUUUACCAUACUCCGCACUCCCAGUCUCUGAACAAAUGAGUCUCCAAGCUCAAUAACAAGUCAAAGCUCAAAAUAACCCUGAAGACAUCGCCAGGGUUAUUGUUAAAGGUUCAGUGUGUACGGUUUAGGGAGAUAUAUAUUGGCAAAAAUGUGUAUAAAUAACCUAAAAAUAAGAACUGUCAAAAAUUUUUUUAGCUUAGAAUGAGCUCUUUAAAUCUCAUAGGGAGCGGGUCCUCGUCCAUGGAGUCCCCCAUGUUGCACCGCCAUGUUUCUACAGUAGUCCAGAACGGACAAACCAAACAUCAGCUCUAGAUAGGGCCAUUCGUGUUUUGGCGUUGCGCCACCAUAGUUAGCAGCCCCUCUGUGACAAGCAGCAUUGGAAGAACGUGAAACUACUUUGAUUAGUGUUUUUAUUGGUUUAAAUCACCUGGUGCGUUUUUGCGAGGAAGACACCACUACCGGUUAUUCAGUUCUUGAUAAAACCUCCUGAACGACUUGAUCUUAAGUUGUCAGAGACUCUGACAUGCCCUAAAGCAGUGGCUGCCAACUGGUCCCACCACGGGGUCCAGAUUCCCCCUUAGUCAUUAGUUCAAGGUCCACACAGUUUAAUAUAUUCAGCGUCAUACCUGCGUUUGGCCAUGUCGUCAAGCUAGUUUGCUGUCUCUGUUCAGUAGCUGUCUGUUGUUCACUAACUCUACAACAGGAAACAGCACUUCAAAAUAAAAGCUUGUGCUUGAAAUUCACUGUACUUAAAAAAUAGUGUAUGUUUUUUUACAAACUUGACACAUUUGCGAGUCACUUGCGGUCCAUUCAGAAUGGACCCAUGACCCACUUUUGGACCGCAACCUACCAGUUGGGAACCACUGCCCUAAAGGAAUCUAACCGGGAGAAGCUGCUGGUUGCAGUCUGCAAUCCUCGUCACUAGAUGUCGCUAAAUCCCCUGAAAUAUUACACACUGGACCUUUAAGGCUCGUCACAGCUCCUCCAGAUUGACAGAAGACCAUAAACAACCCUAACAGGCUGAGAGAUAGUCUGUGACAAGUGAAAUGAACUCCAUGUGUAUAAUGGUUGAAGUGAUCCUUUGAGCCAGUAGAGCGCAUUAAAUUCUCACAUAUGCAUCGAUUUGUCCCCAACACAAACACCUGGCCAUCAGCGCAAGCAGACGUCUCAUAAAUCGGCGUUAUAUCUUAUCAGAUUCUUGGCAGAAUGUGGGCCAGGGGUCGUGAAGUUGACACGCAGUUGAUUAAUAAUAAGAAAACUUUAAAUUGAAGAUUUCUGCAGCGCACUGGGACGGCAUAAUAAAACAUCCCGCUGGCUGUUUGAUAAGCAGGAAACUGUGGAGGAUGCUCUGUUUUCAAUCAAGGCGCAGUGGGAAUUGCCACGGCGGCAGAGCCAUAUCAGAUGUAUCAGUCACAAAAUCUCAUUGACUUGUUGUAGAGUAACACUGUUUUUGGAUGAAAUAAAAAAAUACUUAGCCCAAAGCUGCCACGCUGACCUUUGCAACAUUUUUCCUCCUGGUUGCUGCGGGUAAGAAAUGAGAUCAUUUUCUCUUCAUUUUCCCCACGGAGCAUAUAUUGAUUUUGGGGCUUCUCUCCCAGAACAUCUUCAUCAGGAUGAAGCUCUUUCCCUUUCUAUUGUGAGUGCCAUACAUUGAAAGACAAAUACAUGCUUUAUUUGCCCAUCUGUAACAGUGUGGCCUCCACGCAAGCUGAAUCAAAGCCUUUGGAUUUAGAGGCCCGAGUGGUGUAUAAGUAAUGAGAUCUUGUAUCACAUUUUCUAUGUUUGUUUUAUAUCCUUUUUUAUUUAACGGACAAUGGGUGUUAAUAUUGUGGAAAUCAGUUUUCAUGCUGGAAUAAAACGACUUUGGCUGUUGCA